AGUAGUGCGUUGAAAAUUUUAUUUUUUCGAAGAAAUCGUUUUAUUUCGCCCGAGUUUGCCAUAUGUUGAAAAACACAACCACGACGAAAAUGGAUCUUUUAACACAAUCGAGUGGAACAGGAGCUAGGACAGAAAAGGAAGGGAUGUUAUUCCACAAGGAGUGUCAGUUCGAAGACGAACUGGGCCUCUCCACGCGGCCCGGGGAAUACAAGCAGGUCCAACCGGCCGAACUGAACGAAGGAAAAUACAGGAAUUGUACACAGGCGUCCCACUGCAUGUUGUACGCGGAAUCGAUAACCCCCAUUUUGAAAGUGUACAACCCGAAAGCGAUAAUAUUCAUGCAGUUGAGGUUCGACGGCCACCUGGGCUUCCCCGGAGGCGUCGUAGACCCGGGAGAGACGCCGGAAGACGCGGUGAAUCGCGAACUGGUAGAAGAAGCGGGUCUUCACCCCGGUGAAGUCGUGCUCGAAGACGACGAUCUCUGCUGCAUCCAUUUCAGCAAAGAUAAGAACCUCCUUCUCUACUUCUACGUCAAAAAACUGUCCGAGAAAAAGAUGUCAGUACUGGAAAAGAAGACCAUCAACUCUUUGGAAUACGGCAACGAAGUCAUGGGGAUUGUAAGAGUACCUCUUUACACGAUGUCGGACGGCUUCAGGGGCUUCCCGGCUUUCCUCAGGUCUUCCUUCAUCGGCAACUCCCGAGAACAGCUCUUCCAAGGGCUGAUUAAAAAAAAUAUAAUGACGGCCGGCGAAAUUCAGACAGCCGCGAAGGCGUCUCCUGCCUUCGUCUCGACUAGCGACAUCGAGAAUGCACAAAAAUGCGACGGAUAAAAGAACACACCCAGGAAAAGAAACAGCCCUUCGGAAUAAAUCUAAAUCAUUAAAAACACUUUUAAAUAC